GAACUAACAUAUGUUACAGUAUCUGCUAAAUAAAACUAUUUGAGAAUUAGUAAAGAAAAAGGACUGAUUACGUGUUGUAGAGACAUAAUCAUUAUGAAAUUUAGUCUGUUAAUUUUUGUUCUCCUCUUUGGGAACAUAUUCGCAUUGGACACCAAGAGAUGCGAAGCGUUAGCGAAAAAGCAUUGCCCUAUCAAUUUUGAGAAUACUAACGUUGCACAUAUACACACUUGCGACACUUACAUACAAUUUCUGCGUUGCUUUGAUACAAUAGACCGUGAAUGUUAUGAAUACUUUAAGAACAGGCACAUCUGUCGCUCAUGGAUGGCUAAAUUAAACACAGGUAACAGAGUUAAGAUGAUAUUCCAAUCAACAAUAUUUACUGCAGUUGUGUGUAUAUUACUGAAUUGAUGCAUAGAAAAAUAGGUUCAAUGCUACCACAAUAAUACAGCUGUGUUAUUCCGAAGAUUUUAAUAAAACUACAGUCAUGUGACUCAGAAAUAUUGAAGCUACAGUCAUGUGACUCUGAAAUAUUGAAGCUACAGUCAUGUGACUCUGAAAUACGUCAUCACAGUUAGAUGAAUGAAAACAGUAAAAACAUUUUUUAUUUCUAUUUUACUUCUAAUUAAACCAUAAAAAAUCAA